AUGGCCCCGUCUGGCCCUGCUACGGCCCCCUCUGGCCUCGCUACGGCCCCUGCCCUCCCCCACUGUCCUCACUGCCUGCCUACUGCUGUUAUGGCCUCCCCUAGUGUUCUCACCUUUGACGCUGAGGGUAGGGCAGUGGACUUUGAGGUCUGGGAAGAUGAUCUGCAGCUUUUCCUGCAGUGCGAUAGGGCAGACGGCCUCUCCCUGUUUGACCUCACUUCUGGUGCCUCCCCUACCCCUCCUGCUGAUGCUGACGCCACUCUUCGCUCACAGGGGGCAAGGGCGCGGGCGGAGCUGGAGGGGGCGGUGGCGGUGGCGGCGGGGGCGGCGGAGGGAGUGGGGGUGGCGGUGGGAGUAGUGGUAGUGGUGGUGGUGGUGGUGGCAGCAGCGGCGGAGACGGUGGUGGUGGUGGCACCGGUGGUGGUGGAGGCAGCAGCGGGAGUGGAGGCGGUGGAGGUGGAGGCGGUGGAGGUGGAGGCGGUGGAGGCGGCGGCGGAGGAGGCGGUGGUGGUGGAGGAGGUGGAGCUGGUCGUGGUGGGCCUUCCUGUGUGUCCCAGGUAG